UGGCGGGGUUUGUCCAAGCUUUUGGCGCCAGCGGUACAAUUGACAGUGGAGACUUGGGUGGAAACGCAAGCUCAGUCGUUGAGGAGAGAAAUCGUUGUGUUUUGCUUAUAAACGCUCCACAAACCGACUUCCAAACAUGCAGACUCUCACGCAGGGAGCGAUAGAGGCUUUAUCUAACGGCACCGAUGUAAACGACAUGGUGCUCCAGCUUGUGAAUAUUCGCAAGAUCGAUAAUGGCAACGGUCCGGCUCGCUACCGGGUGAUGAUGAGCGAUGGCCAACACACUCUGUCCUCCUUCAUGCUCUCCACUCAGCUGAAUUACAUGGCGGAAAAUAAUCAACUGGCGCCCAACUGCAUCUGCCUCCUCAAGAGACAUGUGACCAAUGUUCUGAAGGAUAACCGGCGUGUGGUCAUUAUUUUAGGGAUUGACGUCAUAAAGAGUGCGCAGGAGGUCGGUGGGAAAAUUGGAGAGCCCACACCGUACACUGAUGGCCAAACCAAAGCUCCGGCAUCUGCUCCAAAUCCCCCUGCUCGUCCUCCACUUCAGACCCAAAACAACAACGAAGCAGCGAACAAAGGAUUUAAUCGAGACGCCGGGAAGAAGCCCUCCUUCACUGCACCGAGUACUCCAGGGGGCAGCUCCAAAGUUGUGCCCAUUGCUAGCCUCAAUCCUUACCAGUCCAAGUGGAGUAUUCGAGCUCGCGUCACCAACAAGAGCGGCAUCCGCACAUGGAGCAACUCCCGUGGAGAUGGCAAGCUUUUCUCCAUGGAGAUCGUGGAUGAGAGCGGGGAGAUCAGGGUGACUGGUUUCAACCAAGAGGUGGACAAGUUCUACAGCCUUAUUGAGGUUGGCAAGGUCUACUACGUGUCCAAGGGCUCCCUGAAGAUUGCCAACAAGCAGUACACGUCUGUGAAGAACGAUUACGAGAUGACCCUCAACGGAGAAUCCACCAUCAUCCCGUGUGAAGACAGCAACGAGGUUCCCAUGGUGCAGUGCGACUUUGUGUCCAUUGCUGAAUUGGAAAACAAAGAGAAGGACAGUGUUUUAGAUGUGAUCGGUGUGUGCAAGAGCGUGGACGAUGUGACCCGGCUCACCACCAAGGCGAACCGCGAGGUGUCCAAGAGAACGCUCAACUUGAUGGACAUGUCGGGGAAGUUUGUGUCGGUCACCCUGUGGGGAGAGGAGGCUGAGAAAUUUGACGGCUCUGGGCAGCCCAUUGUAGCAAUCAAGGGAGCAAAGCUCUCGGAUUUCGGCGGUCGAUCCCUCUCCGCCUCUUUCAGCAGCACCGUGAUGAUCAACCCGGACAUCCCAGAGGCUUACAAGCUCAGGGGCUGGUUUGAUAAAGAGGGCCAUGCCAUGGACGGACAGUCUCUGACCGAGAUGAGGGGUCCCGGUGGGGGUGGAGCCAACACCAACUGGAAGACUCUUUUGGAUGUGAAGAACGAACACCUGGGACAUGGAGACAAGGCCGACUACUUCACCUGCCUGGCGACCAUCGUGUACCUGCGGAAGGAGAACUGCCUCUACCAGGCGUGUCCGAGCCAAGACUGCAACAAGAAGGUGGUGGAUCAGCACAACGGCAUGUUCCGCUGCGAGAAGUGUGACAAAGAGUUUCCCAACUUCAAAUACCGCCUCAUCCUUUCAGCCAACAUCGCUGAUUAUGGAGAGAACCAGUGGGUGACUUGCUUCCAGGAGAGCGCCGAGGCAAUAUUGGGACAGAAUGCUGCGUACUUGGGACAACUCAAGGACUCGAACGAGGCUGCGUUUGACGACAUCUUCCAACAGGCCAACUUCAACACUUUUAUCUUCCGCAGCAGAGUGAAGCUGGAGACCUACAACGAUGAGUCCAGGAUCAAGGCCACCGUGAUGGAAGUGAAGCCCGUGGACCACAGGGAGUACAGCAAGAGGUUGAUCUUGAACAUCAGGAAACUGGCGGCCCAGUAGGACGACUGCCACCAGCUCCGUUCCCGAACCGCCCGGCUCCCCACGUUCCUUUCAUUUUAUAUGGAGUGACAUUGCUCCGGUGGCAACUCGUAAAAAAUAAUGGUCCGAUUCUCAAGCCCCUCGUCAUUGGGAGGCUGCUGGAGUGGGUCAGGACGCCACAAAAGAAGUCUGUCUGUCUGUCUUAAGUCAGCCGGUUGUGACUUGGUGUCGCGCCGUCAUGUGGGGGCUGAUUUAAGCAGCCGGGUCGCCAGCGCUCCUUUCACCCUCCGACGCUCUCUCAGAAUGCUCGGGCAGAACUGCACAUCCCUGAUAAGACUGUUUAUUCUCCCACUUCGUAUUUGCUGCCUCUCGCAUCAUACUCACCAAUAAAGGCACAUGUAGACAUGCGCAGCUCCUGUCUGAUGCUGCUUUCUGUUCACGACCAAACACCACUUGGUCAUCUCCUUUGCGUUUGUUGCCCUUUGUGCACUUGACUUUUGUUUUCUAAUCUAUAAAUAAAA